UGCAGGUGGGAGACAGCCACCUGGGAUCUUCACUCGGCCAACUGAUCAGCAGGAGCAGGGCCCGGUCUCAGAGUUCAGGGUGAAGGUCCUUUGGAAACUUCAGCGCCUGCAAGACUCUUUCACAGCUGGGGCUGGAAGCAACGGAACGAAAGGCGGACGGUCGUCUGUUGCUGGGGCGGACCUGGGCUCAAUUUGUCCGUCCUUGCAAGAUUCCCCCAGGGCUGGGAACUAGACGUGUAGCCCUCUCAGGUUCUCCGGCACCAUAGUGGUCGUCACUGGCCCAAGUUAGAGGCCGACUGAGAAAUCUUCGUGCCUCAGACUUGUUGAACUACAGAAUGCUUCGAUACCCAUAUUUUUGUAGAAUAUUUAGAGAAUAUUUUUCAUGCUGGUUGAAAUCUGGCAUACAUAAUUUAGGUGUUUGGCCAAAAAAAAUUCAUACUACAGCAGAAAGAUAUAAUGAAAAUGAAACCCAGGAGCAAACAGAUCUAACUGGAGAUCAGGAGUUACAGAGAUCUCAAGAUAUAGAUUCUGAAGCCAUGGCCAAAUUACAUAUUCCAGUAAUGGUGGAUGAAGUUGUUCAUUGCUUGGCACCAGAAAAAGGGCAGGUUUUUCUAGAUAUGACAUUUGGUUCAGGAGGCCACACAAGAGCCAUUCUUCAGAAGGAAUCAGAUAUUAUUCUGUAUGCCUUAGACAGAGACCCAACAGCUUAUGCCAUAGCUGAACAGCUUUCAGAAUUAUAUCCUAAGCAGAUCCGAGCUAUGCUAGGCCAGUUCAGCCAGGCAGAAGACUUAUUAAUGAAAGCCGGAGUGCAGCCAGGGACUUUGAAUGGAGUUCUUUUGGAUCUUGGGUGUUCCUCCAUGCAACUUGAUGCUCCUGAAAGAGGUUUUUCCCUUCGGAAGGAUGGCCCCUUGGACAUGAGGAUGGAUGGUGGCAGGUACCCAGACAUGCCCACCGCUGCUGAUGUUGUGAAUGCUUUAGAUCAGCAGGCACUUGCAUCCAUCCUAAGAGCAUACGGGGAGGAGAAGCAUGCCAAGAAAAUUGCUUCAGCAAUCGUUCAAGCACGUAGCAUAUACCCCAUCACAAGAACCCAGCAACUUGCCAGCAUUGUUGCAGGUGCAUUUCCUCCCUCUGCUAUUUAUGCACGAAAAGACUUGCUACAAAGAUCUACCCAUAUUGCUACCAAGACUUUCCAAGCUCUUCGAAUAUUCGUGAAUAAUGAGCUCAACGAACUCCACAUGGGACUGAAGACAGCUCAGAAGUUUCUGAAACCUGGUGGUCGUCUUGUUGCCCUUUCCUUCCAUUCAUUAGAGGAUCGCAUUGUCAAAAGGUUUUUGCUUGGGAUAAGCAUGACAGAAAAGUUUAACUUAAGUGUUAGACAGAAGGUAAUACAAACAUCCCAAUUGAGUUCAUAUCAUGCAAAUAAGGAAGGAAGCUCUGUAAGACCUCCUUUAAUGUGGGAAUUGAUACAUAAGAAAGUGCUUACUCCAGAAGAUUGGGAUGUACAAAAUAACCCCAGAGGUCGCUCAGCCAAGCUUAGAGCAGCUAUGAAAUUAUGAGAUCUGAUGUUCAAUUUUUCCCUCAGUUUCUUUAAUUUAUUUGUCUAUGUGAUGAAUAGGUUAAUACCUCCAGCUUAAA